AUGUUCGGCUCCGUCUUCUCUGUCUCCGGUCCCGUCGUUAUCGGUGAAAACAUGCGAGGUUGUGCCAUGUACGAAUUGGUCCGUGUCGGCCACGACGAACUUGUCGGAGAGGUCAUCCGAAUCGAGGCCGACCGAGCAACUAUUCAGGUCUAUGAAGAGACAUCCGGUGUGACUGUUGGUGACCCUGUUUUGAGGACUGGCAAGCCCUUGUCCGUUGAGCUCGGUCCGGGUUUGAUGACCAACAUCUUCGACGGUAUCCAGCGUCCCCUAAAGUCGAUUCAAGAAAAGUCCCAAAGCAUCUACAUUCCCCGUGGUAUCAACACCGACGCCCUCAGCCGAGAGAUCAAAUGGGACUUUAACCCCGCCAGUCUCCGGGUCGGAGACCACAUUGCCGGUGGUGACAUCUUUGGAAGCGUCUACGAAAACUCUUUGGUCGACAACCACAAGAUCAUGUUGCCUCCUAGGGCUAUGGGUACCAUUACCAGGAUCGCUGAGAAGGGUAGCUACACUGUCGAUGACAUUGUGCUUGAGACCGAGUUCCAGGGCAAGACCACCGGCCACACCAUGAUGCAGCUCUGGCCCGUCCGAGCUCCCCGACCAGUCGCCCAGAAGGAGACUGCCACCUACCCUCUCUACACUGGUCAGCGUGUAUUGGACGCUCUCUUCCCCAGUGUUCAGGGUGGUACCACUGCUAUUCCUGGUGCUUUCGGUUGUGGAAAGACCGUUAUUAGUCAAGCGUUGUCCAAGUUUUCCAACUCUGACAUCAUCAUCUACGUUGGAUGUGGUGAACGUGGUAACGAAAUGGCUGAAGUCUUGGCCGAUUUCCCCGAACUCACUCUUGAACGCGACGGACGUGAAGAGCCCAUCAUGAAGCGUACCGCCCUUGUCGCCAACACCUCCAACAUGCCCGUCGCCGCCCGAGAAGCUUCCAUCUACACCGGUAUCACCCUCUCUGAAUACUUCCGAGACCAAGGCCAGAACGUCGCCAUGAUGGCCGACUCCACUUCCCGAUGGGCCGAAGCUCUGCGUGAAAUCUCUGGUCGUCUUGCCGAAAUGCCCGCCGACUCUGGUUACCCCGCUUAUCUUGGUGCCAAGCUCGCCGGUUUCUACGAACGUGCCGGUAAAGUCUCUUGUUUGGGAUCCCCGUCACGAAACGGUACCGUCUCUAUCGUCGGCGCCGUCUCCCCGCCCGGUGGUGAUUUCUCCGACCCCGUCACCAGUGCCACCCUCGGUAUCGUGCAAGUCUUCUGGGGUCUCUCCAAAACCCUCGCCCAGCGAAAGCAUUUCCCCUCGGUCGACUGGAACGUGUCCUACUCCAAGUACCUCAAGGUUCUGGACCCGCAUUACGAGCAGCACAACCCUGGUUUCAUUGAUCUGAGGACGAGGGCAAAGGAGAUCUUGCAAAAGGAGCAGGAUCUGGCGGAGAUCGUGCAGUUGGUCGGUAAGAGUGCUUUGGGAGAAGGUGAUAAGAUCACCUUGGAGGUUGCUAGGAUGUUGAAGGACGACUUCCUCCAGCAGAACGGUAUCUCGGAAUACGACCGAUACUGCCCCUUCUACAAGACUUCUGGUAUGCUCAAGAACUUUGUCGCCUUCAACGACUACUCUCAGCGUGCUGUCGAGACUGGCGACUUUACUUUCGCCCAGAUCCGAGACGCCGCGUCCGACGUCACCUACAAGCUCUCUCAAAUGAAGUUUGAAUCGCCCAACACGCAGAGCGAGGAGGACAUUGUCAACAAGUACGAGGCGUUGUACAAUGAGAUCGGAGAGACAUUCAGGACUUUGCAAGAGUAA